UAUUGAUAAGAGAUUAGUACUAAACAAUAAUGUUAGAUUAUCCUCACCAAUUAAUUAGAUUCAUUUCUCUCAGUCUACCAACAAUUUUGUCCAUUUUAUUUUUAGGUGUAAAUCAUUUAUCAUCUGAUUUGCAAUGAUGGUGAGGUCGAUCUUGAUGGCAUCAUUUUAGGUUCAUUCGGGUGUUAAUAAAUGAUAUGCUCUUUUUUUAAUAAUUAGUUUUGUUUUUAGAGAAUAUUUUUGCUAAUUAGUCAAGAAAAAAAACGUAAAGCAAGACCCAAAAAAUCAAUGAAAUUUAUUGUCACAUCGAAAAGUGAAUUAUCAUUUCAAUAGAUGGCGUAGUUUCUAUUUACAUUUUCGCUUCAAUGUUUUCAAGAUUUUUUUUCAUAAAUUGUUCAUUUUUUUGGUUAUAUUUUUGUUCAAUUGUCAUGAGCUUGUGAAUUUAAUUCAUUUACUGUGAUUGUUUAUUCCUUUACUGUUUCCUGGUUGUGUUAACCAUUAUUUAGUCAUUGUCAUCAACAAAUUGUUUAGUCUUCAUUUUCUUUUAUCAAACAACAAUCAGUAUAUUCCAACAGAUAAUUAGCUUGUUUUGGGUUAUACUCUUUUUUUUUUUUUCUCUCUCUCUCUCUCCAUCUUUCUCUCUCUAGAAUCUGAAUUUUUGAUCAUCAUCAUCAUCAUACUCUAUUUGUUUUUGUUCAUCUUUUUCUGCUCUUGACAAGAACUCAUUUUUUGUCUAUUCUUUCAACUUUAUCCUCAUAUCUUUUAUAACUUUGUCUCUCUUUUUUUUCUCUCUCUCUCCUGUUAUUGUUUCUGUUUUUAUUGAAAAAAAAACUCUGGUUAUUUUACCUUUGCAAUCAUGUCCUACAAGGGGAGCUCCAAGCUGAAGAAAAAACAUCUUAAGGUGAAACACCAGAAAGCCAAAGUUUUCAGAGCUUCUGAACCUCUUCUCUCGGUUUUCAUGUGGGGUAUUAACCAUACAAUUAAUGAAUUAACUCAUGUUAAUAUUCCUGUUAUGCUGAUGCCCGAUGAUUUCAAAGCAUACACCAAGAUACGAGUUGAUAAUCAUCUUUACAACAAAGAAAACAUGCCGUCUCACUUCAAAUUCAAAGAAUAUUGUCCCUUGGUGUUCAGAAACCUACGAGAAAGGUUUUGCUUAAGUGACUCGGAGUAUCUCAGAAGUUUGACUAAAUGUCAACCUGAUCCGUUCGGUGAAUCUUCUGGUCGAUCUGGUGCAAGAUUUUAUGGAUCUUACGAUAAUUUUCUUCUCCUCAAAACCCUCUCUUCGGAAGAGGUUGAACAAAUGCACUCAUUUCUCAAAUCGUACCAUCCCUAUGUGGUUGAAAGACAUGGUAAAACUCUGUUACCCCAAUAUCUUGGAAUGUACAGGAUAACGGUUGAAGCGACGGAAACUUAUAUUGUUGUGAUGAGAAAUAUACUUUCAGCACCAAUACCAAUUCACAAGAAGUAUGACUUAAAGGGAUCAACAGUUGACAGAGAAGCAAGUGAAAAGGAGAGAGAGAAACCAUUACCCACCCUGAAGGAUAAUGAUUUUGUUAAAGAUGCGAUCAACCUUAAUCUACCUUCACAGGCGAAACAAAAUUUCCUCACCAUGUUAGAGGCUGAUACCAAAUUUCUUUCCGGUAUGAACCUUAUGGACUAUUCAUUGUGUCUAGGAAUCCAUGAUUGUGACAAAUAUGAACAAGAAUUGGUUGAAUAUGCAGCCUCUGGUAAUGCAUGUAGUGAGGAAGAUGAUGGUGAAUCUAGUGGAGGUAAUCCAGGUUCUCUACCUCCGAUUGCUGGUUCACCCUCUGCUUCUGGAACCGGAGAUUUACCCAUGGUACCAACACCCCCUGACUCACCCAGACUUCAGCACAAAAGCUCCAAUGCAAGUGAAAACGAGUUAUCCAACAAAGGUCCAAUCGAUCCUAAACGAGAUAUCUAUGCUAUCGAGAGCAGCCCAGGUUAGUUGAUUUUCCAUGCAUUCAUAG